AUGUUAAACAAUUGCAGUGGGACAAAUGGAGGCAAUACCGAAGAGCAGCCAAACGACAGCGUUUGCCAUUGGGAUCCUACAGCCAUUCUCAGCGAACCAUAUCUAGCUGGUGGACUCGGACACGGGUGUUUGGUGUUAAAUCGUAAUAUCAAAAGUCCAUCACAUGUUGUUAAGGCCUUGUGGAAUAAUGCUUCCAUAAGAUGUUGUGUGGAUGGCGGCACAAAUAAAUGGUUGAAUUUUCUUAGAACGGAAUUGAAAAAUGACGAUGACGAUAUUCAACUGCCAGACUUAAUUACGGGUGAUUUCGAUUCAAUAUGCCGAGAAACGGAGGAAUAUUUCACGUCGCGGGGGGUCAGAAGAAUACAUACUCCCGAUCAAAAUAAUACGGAUUUUACAAAGGCUGUAGAUGUUCUGAAACCUAUGCUCAGGGAGAAACAGUUACGUGAUAUUAUAGUACUACAUGACACAUCCGGUCGAUUCGAUCAAAUUAUGUCCAACAUAAAUACCCUCUAUACCAGGAAUGAUGAAUUCUGUAAUAUUUACUUAUUCGGUUCCUGUUCCUUAACAUGGCUGCUCAGGCCAGGCAAGCAUUCCAUUGUUAUACCCACACAUUUGGUUGAGGAACAAAGAUGGUGUUCCCUAUUACCAAUUGGCCAGGAGGCUACAAAUGUCACAACAAAGGGUUUGAAAUGGAAUUUAACCCAUGGCAAGACAUUUUUUGGCGGCCUAGUUAGUACUUCAAAUACCUAUGCCUCAACGCUAAUUGAAAUAGAAACAAAUUCGAGUCUGAUCUGGUCUAUGGGUGUAUUUUAUUUUGGCGAUGAUUAG